CGAUGGCGACCCACAAGCUGAGCUUCUUCGAAAAGUUGGCCAACACCUUUGGAGCUCUUUACCGUCAUCAAGCUCAGCAGUUCCCACGCCGUCUCGCUAUUCUCAAGGCUGUUGGAAAGCACGAGCUGGCUCCACCCCGGUCUGCUGACAUCCCAGCUAUCAAGGCGGACUGGGCUAAGCUCCAGAAGUUUAUUGAGACCAAGCAAUAUGUCAACCUUAGUAUCAAGGAAAGUCUCGUCUACUCGGCAGUUGCCCUCGAGGUAGUCUUUUGGUUCUUUGUCGGAGAAAUGAUUGGACGUCGCUACAUUUUCGGGUACAUUGUUCCAGCCAAUUAUGUCUCGAAGGAUACAAAGGCUAAGGUUGCCGAAAAGAAGAGACUCGCUGCCCUCGAAGCUUAAUACAUCGAUAAGCAUAUUCAUUUGUGAAAAUAUGUGUUUUUUCUUCAACGUUUGUUAGAUAAAAGAAAUUAAGGCUUU